CUCGCAGUCACACAUCCUCUUCUAUGUCCCCUCCACACCAUGUCCAAUCAACCUCAGACACUUUAGCAUCUUUUCUUCCCCGGCGCAUCCUCAAAUCUCAAAAGAGAAACCAGCUUCUGUGCUUAUUGGGACUUUGGACCAUUGCCACACCACACACCGCAACCACACAAGACAAUCUGCUCAAAAUUGACUUCACACAAGCGCGUGGAGACAUGUUCUCUGCAACAACUCUUACCAGUUUCAUCCGCUUGACCACAUUUUGAAUACGAAUCCCGCCACCUCUCUCUCUCUCUCUCUCUCAUCAACUUUUUCUAACUUUAGAUCGUCACAACAUUCAAAACCUCUCCUUUCCCCCCCUGUUCACUGUUCCUUUUUCAGGUCCAAAGCAGAAUUGCAAUAACUACAACUCGACCCUCUCUCUCUCUCUCUCUCUCUCGUCAACAAUGAAGUUACUAUCAUCAUCGCCUUCCUUUUCUUCCUCCACUAUUUCCACCUCCUCUGAUGCAUACUUGUGCAGUCCGAAGGGUGCCACAAGUGGUGGAUGCAUCGCGGGAGUCUUACGCAGAAUUCUCUGCUCUCGCAGCCUCCCUACUCAUCCAUUUGAGUGUGACAACGACAGAGAUCACUCCAAGCCUAAAGAGCAGAACGAGCCGAACACAACUCCAGGAAUCGUCGCGAGGCUCAUGGGCUUGGAAUCUUUACCAAACACCAGCUCAAUGCACAUUCACCAAUCCCCCAAUUCAAUUUCAAGAAGCCGGUCCCUAAAUUACUUGGACUUCAAAGAAGAGGAGUUCGACGACGAAAUGAAAUGGCAGCAUCUCCAAGUCAGUUCGACGCUAUCGUUCCGGGAGAUGCCAACGUACCUCGAAGUAGAAAACGAAGAGUUCUUGGUUUUGAACUUCGGAAACGGCAGUGAAAAAGAAGGGAGGAAGAGAAGAUCAAGCAGAAGCAAAAUUCAAGAGAGGCGGACAGGGGAGAGAUGUGAAAAACCGAACAGGGAAAAUGAAAGAGGCAGAGCUACAGAGUCAAGCUCAAGCGAUUCAGUUUUGGCGAAUAAUGAUCUGGGAACACCUCAAACAUCACGUUCUCAGGUUGUGAAGAUGUGUCAAAGUGUUCGUAGCUUGGAAGCCGUGUGCGGCUCCGAAGAAGAUUCGAGCCCAGUUUCAGUUCUUGAUUUUGGCGAAUUCAUUAGUGACCCUCAAGUGUCCACAUCAGAUGACUCGAGAUUGGAACGUCCAAGCUCGAGAAAGAAAUUGGCACCGGAGCUUGAAAGCAAUGAGCACUCCUCUCCACGCAGCGACAUUGAUCUCCUUGAUGAUCAGCCGAAGCAAAGCGAAGGCAAGUGUCUUGGAUCAAGGAAACAAAGACAGAGCUACUCAGAAAUGUGCAGCGAGAUCUGCAAGAUUAGCGAGAAAGAGACGAUAGAACUCGAUUGGUUGGACCCAAGAAUGGUGAAGCGUGAAGAUAUUGAAGGCAUCGGCCAAGAUCUGGAACGGCAGAUCUUUUGUGAGUUGUUAGAUGAGCUACUAGAUCAUAUAUUUCCAACUUCAGAAUGAAGUAUUUUGAAACUUGACUUUGUACAUUGACAAUAGAUAAUGUAAUAAAAUAUACUGCA